CAUGAACCCGAUGCUCCAAACGGGAUUCGCAAAUCACCCACACCACGGACGCGACACGAUAAGCCAAUAGCUGUCGGCAGGAAAUUAGCACUACUAGAGUGGAUAUAACAGAGGGAAUCUUCUUUACGCCUGCAAUAUAACAACUACGAAACGAUGGCCGACGUUGAGAUGCACGACGGCGACGCUUCGCCCCGCGCCGAAAGCCCAGAAGCCUCUGGCAACGCGUCCAAGGUUAGCGAUAUGCAGACGCACGCAAAGGCCACAGCCGUGCGCUCGAUAGAGGGUUGGAUCAUCAUGGUUACCAAUGUGCAUGAGGAGGCAGACGAGGAAGCGAUACAUGACAAGUUUGGCGACUUUGGCGAGAUCAAGAACCUGCACCUGAACCUCGAUCGGAGGAGUGGCUAUGUUAAGGGUUACGCUUUGAUCGAGUAUCCCACCCUCGCCGAGGCUCGUGCUGCCAUCGAUGGAGCUCAUGAAACCAAGCUGCUCGAUCAAACAGUCUACGUAGACUUUGCGUUUGUCCGGCCGCCGCCAAACAAGGCCGGCGCGGGCGGUCGUGGCACCGGAGGUGGUGCGCCUCGCGGAAGAGGACGCGGGAGAAGCCGCAGCCGCAGCCCUGCCAAGAAUGGCGACUAGUUCCCGAGAUGGAUUCUGAAUUCUCGAUCCGGGGUUAUCAAAGUAUUUUUUUCUUUCUUUUUGGCUUCUUGGGGGGUAUGAUUUGGCAUCUGAAGACUGCCUUACAGCCACGUUUGGCAUUCUAUCAUCGAGCCCAAUCCUGGCAUGCUAGCUUAUCUCUCUGUUCCUUCUCGAGCUGGGGAAGAGAGCGUGUCGACAUGUCAACCCUCUGAGCAAAGUGGCGCCGCUCAAGGUGCGGCGCCAGAGCCUGAGAAACAUGGGACAUGUCGGCAUCCUGUCACAGCCACUAGAAGACCCCUUCUACUAAAGAAACAACAGAAUGAUGAAACUUUUAUUGGUAAUACUUCAGAAAGAAGGGGAAAAGGAGGUGACAAAAAGAAGAAAACACAAAGCCCGGCUUUGAGCUAUCAAAAAUAUGCUCCCAACCCAACGAAGUCAUGCAAAUCACUGAAGUACCUUUCUAUAACACUUUUACCUGAAUUUAAGGGGACGCUAAUCGGUGUCGACCUCCACAUUACACCAGCGAGAAGCUGGUACAAAACGCUGGAAAAUCAAGCUCCCUCAUGAUGAGUAGGACAGAAGUAUCAUGAAAUCCAAUUGCAACUAGGACCGUAGCUGUUGGUAAUUACUUCUGUACUUUAUCCAUACGCAGUGAUAUAUAGUUUACGGAUGCCAUCUGUUUUACAAUCCAUCUCUGCAUGUAUUCUUUUAAAACCUCAACGUGACGAAAACAAAACAAUGCCGCACACUUGGAAGGUAUCCCCGCAGUUAUCCAUCACGCGCCCCCACGCCUCUUCAGACUGCGGGAGGAGGUCCUCGUGCACCCAUCAUUUCUAAUCCACCACCGCCGGUUCUUACGGGAUC